GGCACCGACUCCACUACCUUCCUUCCUUCUCUUACAUGGCGACCACUUUUGCAAAAUUCUUUAAUCAUCCCGCAGGGCCCAAGACGGUGUUCUUUUGGGGGCCAGUGAUGAAGUGGUGUUUGGUCGGCGCUGGUUUGAAGGAUUUGAAUAGACCAGCGGACAAACUCAGCGUUUCACAGAAUUUGGCCUUGACAGCGACUGGCUUUAUUUGGGUUCGAUAUUCUUUCGUGAUCAUACCUGUCAACUACAGUCUAGCUGCUGUCAAUUUCUUUGUCGGACUUUCUGGUAUAACGCAGCUGGGACGGAUAGCGCAUCAUCAGUAUACUCAAGGGCAACUAACUGCUCCAACUAAAGCAUAGAGUUUUCUUGUUUCAUUGCCGUUUUGACCAUCUAUUAUCCCGCAAAUAAUUCAAACAAUGAAACGAGUUAU